AUGCCGCACCCCUCGGACUCCGAGAGGAUCAGGCAGUACCUGCCCCGCAACCCCUGCCCCACCCCCCCCUACCACCACCAGCUGCCGCCGCCGCACUCGGACACGGUGGAGUUCUACCAGCGCCUGUCCACCGAGACCCUCUUCUUCAUCUUCUACUACCUGGAGGGCACGAAGGCGCAGUACCUGGCGGCCAAGGCUCUCAAGAAGCAAUCCUGGCGCUUCCACACCAAGUACAUGAUGUGGUUCCAGCGGCACGAGGAGCCCAAAACCAUCACGGACGAGUUCGAGCAGGGCACUUACAUCUACUUCGACUACGAGAAGUGGGGGCAGCGCAAGAAGGAAGGCUUCACCUUCGAGUAUCGUUACCUGGAGGACCGAGACCUGCAGUGAGGGGACCCAAAAUCCCCCAAAAUCAACCCAAAAAUCCCCCCCAAACCCCCUGCAUGCUUUUUGGGGGGGGGGUCAGAACCAGCGACACCCCAAAUUUCC